AGAACAAGCUCCAGCUGUUGCUUGGAGCAGCCUGCAGAAAGGAGAGCCUAAUAGUCAUCCCUAUAUACCAGGGUAAGCAGAGGACAAAAAUGAAGACAGCAGUCGUAACCGUCUUGCUUCUUAUGUUAACAUUUACCCAUGCACUAGAAAGAGGACGGGAUUAUAUGUUCCAAAAAAUCUGUGAAGAUUUCAACACAGUGGGGAAAGAGAACUUCCGUUCCGGAGCCAUUAUCUUGCACAGCAAAAAAUAUUCCAAUGCCACAUUUGAGGAAAUUAUCAGUAUUGUGAAUCAGAUUGUUGGGACUGCAGAAAAAUGCUGCUCCAACGGACCCAACUUCGAAUGCUAUGAAACUGAGUCCUUAGCUCUCUCCACCAAGGCCUGCGACCAAAAUUCUCCUUUUCCCAAGCUCCAAGGAACUGCAGCCUGCUGUGCUCAGCAAGGUCUGGAGCGAAAGCUGUGUCUGGCAGCCUUGAAACACCCACCCAAGGAGUUCCCUACAUAUGUGGAGCCAUCAAAUGAAGAGCUUUGCGAAGCCUUCAAAACAGACCCCCAGGACUUUGCCGACAGGUUUCUGUAUGAGUAUUCCACUGACUUUAGCCAAGCUCCAUUCCCAGUUUUGUUGUCCUCUGCAGAGAGUUUCUUAUCCUCAGCAAAAACGUGCUGUGUUUCACCAGCACCCACGGUCUGCUUCUUGAAAGAGAAGCUGAAAAGGCAGCCCAUCCAAAAAGUCACCUUCCUAACCAACAAAGCUUGCUCCCGCUAUGCUUUAUUUGGGAAAGAAAAGACCAAGCUCAGCUACUUAAUAACAUAUACCCAGAGGAGUCCAAAUGCUUCAUUUGAAGACGUCUUAUCCUUGGCUGAACAGUGGGCUGAAAUACUUGCCAAAUGCUGUGACCCAGUGAACGACACUCAAUGCAUCCAGAGAGAGGUGGCGGCACACAGCUUAGAAAUCUGCAAGAAACUCGCAGCCAAAGAUACGAGGAUUAAAGAAUGCUGUCAAGAUAACUACAGAUUGAACAGGCAUCACUGCAUAUAUUCGGUCCCAUGGGCCAAACCCUUCCAGUUCCCUGAUUUUGAAAGACCAUCUGAUGAGGUGCUCUGUGGUGAAGGUAAAGAGCAAGAAUUCCUACGAGCUUUAUACAAUCAUGCUCAGAGGUACACCCGUGUUCCAGAGGUGCUCCUCACUGUUGUCCAUAAAGAUGCUACUGAUAUGGUGAAUUCCUGCUGCGGUGCUGCAGACUCUAGUGCUUGUUUUGCUGCAAAGAGACCUGAACUGAGUAACAUAAGAACUGAAUUGCUCAGAGAAGGAAAUAAGCUGUGUGAUGCUUACACAGAUCUCACUUUCCUAGAAUUCAAGAAAAGACUAACAGAGAACUUUGACAAGAUCCUGCCUGAUGCCCCCGCAGAUGUCAUUUCCGGAUUGGUUGAGCAAAGGGCCAAUUUUGCCUCCACCUGCUGCUUUUUGAAUGCACCUCCAUCGUAUUGCGGCCUGAAGGCUGAAACCGGAUUUGGCCACACGUGUGCUCAUGGUCAAUGUGUGCAGCACUAAGUGUGGGAAUACUCUCUGUGUGUUUUUCUUUCUAAAAUAUCUAAGAAGCCGAAUGAAGACGUUUGGGAGUCUACACUCAACUUCUGAUGCCCACCGGCAUUCCUCCACCCCCGCCGAGUCAUCAGCUCCAACAUCUUCUGUCAGCCUUGUGUCUAUCAUCCCUGCCUAGUGCAUAUUGAAAUCUUAAUAAAGGCCACAUACUUA